UCAGGCAGGCUAGCAUGAUCCUUGUGUGCUUUGGACAAGGGGGUGCAUGGGUGAAACAUGGCCGCCGUAGACCCAUCGGAGUGUCCAGAACGACAGAAAUCCCCGGCGGAGGAGGUGGAAACAUCUGGGGAGAAGACCGAGCCGGCGGAGUCGGGAUGCAGCGUAAAUCGGAGGGACGAAACAACAUGUAAUAAAACCUCCGAGAGCUCCGACGAUGAGCGGAGAGCCACUGUUGGCAACGACGGCGGUGGUUGUGUUGCCAGCCAUUCUGAGGUUAGUGUCGAGUCCGGUCUUGGAGCCGACAAAACGACAUGUAAUUCACCGGAGGACCUAACGUCGGCUGAAAAAAUGGCCGAGGCGGCUGGCAGCGACCAGCGGGCUUUUGACUGGUCCGAAACUGAAGACGACGACGAAGACCCGAAAACACAGAAGGAGGAAAAUGAUAAGUGUGACCUCAAUGAUGUCCCAGAGAGUGCUGAAAAAGUGCAGCAGGGAGCACAUGCUGAUGACAACAUUACCGCUGGUGCGAAGGAAGACGACAAGGAGGAAAACUCACAUACUGAUAAGAAGAGCACAGAGAAGGAACUGGCUGAGGAGCUGGUGGGAGACGUUGACGGGAUAGAGGAUGUGCUUGAAGAUGAAGAGGAGGCAGACCGGGUGGAGCAGACUGACUCGGCAGCUAAGCCAAAAAAGUGCCGUUUGGUGUGCAAGGAGUGCGGGAAGAGGUUCAACCGCCGUGAGACGUUCAACCUUCACCGGCACUUUCACGCACACGAGGAUGAGCUCAUUCCCCUCACCUGUAAAGAAUGCGGCCUUAGCUUUCAGCACCGCAGCAGCCUCAUUAAACACAGAAAUGAACAUAAAGAGAAGGAGGAGCAACUUGUUACUCCAAAGAAGGAGGUGCAAACAAAGGAGGAGGGUAGUUUUGAAUGUGCAGAAUGUGGGAGGAUCUUCUCUACAGUGGAUAAGCUGAGGGACCACAACUGCAGCAAUACAGUCGAAAAGCCUUACCACUGCCCCCUGUGCCGCCAAGAGUUCCAGUUUAAGGUGUCUGUCACUAAGCACAUGAUGACCCACUCCCAGGAAAGCAUGUUUACAUGCCAAGAGUGCAAUCAAACUUUCCCAAACACCAUAACCCUGCGCUAUCACCAGCGAUGUCACACUGCCCUCAAGCCCUAUGAAUGCCCAGAGUGCGGCAUGGUUUUCAAACACUACUCUGUCAUGGAAGACCACCGUCGCAAACACACAGACAACACACGCUCUCACCUGUGCAACAUCUGCGGUAAGACCUUCAAGUAUAGCAGCCUUCUCCAUCAGCAUCAGUAUCUUCACACAGGCCAGAAACCCUUCCGCUGCCCCGAAUGCGGUAAAAAAUUUGCCUUCGCUCAGAACAUGAAGGCACAUUGCCGCCAGCAUAGACUGCGUGAAACCAACUCCUCAAGUGAGCAGCCCUGCAAGCAGGCCCCCGUGCCUGUACAGGAGCCAGUUAGAGGGCCAGGAAAAGAGAACGCACACCAGAGUGAAGAACAGAAACGCACAUUCAAAUGCCCUCUUUGUCCCCAGACCUACUGUGCACCGGCUAACCUGAGAGCCCACAUGCUUAUUCACGAGGCCGAGUAUGAGACCCUGGACAGAACACCCAGACCCCCAAGGGAGAUUAACAAGUACUGGGAAAAAGGACACACCUGUCCACACUGCCCAUGCAUUUAUCGUGAUGAAUCCAGUUUAAAUAUACAUAUGUUAAGUGUCCACAAGGCUGUAGCACAACAUUUAGAAAAGGUGGCAGCACCACCUAAAAAACAAUUUAAUCUCUUAAGCAACGAUAACGUGCAGGGGAAAUGGAGAAGCGAUGGCCUAAGUAUUAAGUCGUACAAGUGUUCUGAGUGUGGAAAAACUUUCCGCCAUCGCUCAGUGCUAGAGCUGCAUAUGCGCAUACAUUCCAAGGACAAGCCUUACCAGUGCAAAGUGUGUGGCAAGGGCUUUAGAUUCAGUAGCUACUUACAGCAACAUCUCAUCAUUCAUACAGGCAAGAAACCAUACAAAUGUCCCGACUGUGGGAAGGACUUUGCUUUCCUGCAGAACAUGAAAACACAUCAAAAGCUGCAUCAGGAGAAACCAUUCCGCUGCACCAGCUGCCGCAAAGGCUACAGCGAUGAGACCCAACUGCAGCACCAUAUGCUGUCACACAAUGGUGACAAACCUCAUAAGUGUGACCUGUGUGACAAGAGCUUUGGAUUGGCCUAUCUGCUCCGUGAUCAUAUGAACACACACACAGGAGAGAGACCUCAUCGCUGUGAUGAGUGUCACAAAACCUUUUCAUGGUUUAGCAGCCUGCUAGUACACCAGAAAAUUCAUGCUCGCAAGCGCCAAGGUUUCAGCCAGUUUAAUUCUUUCCCAGUUGGUGCUAGGAUGAGAGGCAGAGGUAGCAGGGGGAGGAGAGGGGGGAGGCUCGUGUGGGGCUGGUCUAGACCAUUAGGAGGCUCAGGGAUGGUUAACUCUCAGCCAUCUCCGUUUCCAGUUUCUGCACUAAGAGAGGCUGAGUUGCAUAGAAGGGCAGUGCAGCCGCAGCCUUCCAUGCUCUCGUCGCGAAUGGAUUUACAAAGCAGGCAGCAGAAGGAGCCGUGGAUGUCCGAGCUACACCCUCAACCGGUGCAGUGGAAGGUGGACGGUGGAGAGGUAAUGCCUGUCCCAUCGUCACAGCAGCAACAUGCACCUCCGCAGCAGGCACAGUUUGACAGCCCGCCACAGUCAGGCCUACAGCAGCACCAUCAGAGAAGUUCAGGCUGGGCGGAUGGCCCUUUGAUAACUCAGUCAGGCCCCACAUCUUCUCAGAGUUUAGAGUCAUCGCACAUGAAAGAGAGUGCGGCUUCUAUUGUCAGCUCCCAUCCGGCAUCUGUGCCAAAAAAAUCCAGCCCAUUAGCAGUGAGUGAGAUGGAGCAGCACAGGCAGCCCAAGCCUGUCACAUGGAGUAACACACCCACAUCCACAGUGCUGGCUUCCACAAGCUCUCUGCAACAUGAUUUUUCUGUUCCCCCCUCCUACAUUGAUGGGGCAGCUCUGUGGAGCGUCAGACCCGCUCCACUAGCAAAUUCACGGAGCUCUCCAAAUAAGCUUGGUCAAGAGCUUCAGCUGCCAAGAUGGCCUGGCGCCCCAGUGUCAACACAAAAGGAGCCAUCCACACCUCCUAAAAAGGAGGACAACAGAGUGUGGGACAUGAGUAAUCCUCAAGUAAUACCGUCGACUGUUAGCCAGCAAGAGAAGCCGUGGAACGGCUGUGAGCCGCAGAAGCAGUGGCCUUCAGGCUUAGCAGGUGCAUCCACUUCAGCUCAAAUAGACCAAAGCAGUGCUAUGCCAGUUUCAACUCCUGUUUCUCUCGGGGUAGGUAGCACCUUGUGGGACAUACAAACGCCAACAGGAAUUUCAAAGACUAUAAACUCCCCUGAGAAAUUAGUAAAUAAUCAAGAUUAUCAGCUGCAGCAAAAGCAGGUGUCAUCUGGCUGGGCCAAUGUACAAAGUCAGACAGCGACACAGAAGGUUCCCAUCUCCAUUCAAUACGAGCCUCAUCGUUUUGGCCAGGGGAUGGGAACGCCAGUAUGGGGCUUCCAAAGUAAUCCUGUGGGUCCUCAAACGCUGCUCACUGGGCAACUCAAACCAGGGAAUGGACAGGAGCUGCAGCAACAACCAAUGGUAACGGGCACUCAAAUAAUCAUAAAUCAGCCUUCUCCUUUUUUCUCACCUCAACUUGCUCCGCUCCCUCCUCUUGCUUUGCCUGGCCCUCACCCUCUUCACUCUGUCGCAGUUGGUGCACUUCCGAGACCUCCACACCCAAAUAUUUUUUUCACACCACAGGCAGUCAUGAGCGAGAGGCCACACAUACCACAGACCUUGCCCCUACCUCAGCUUGCCCCGCGGACAGAACCUCACAAACUUGGACCCCGUUUGCCUUUUGCCCCAGAACGACUUCUCCAGUGCAUGAUAUGCGGGUGCUCUCUUCCUCGAGAGCUGGAUCUACAAAUGCAUUACCUGCAACAUGCACAAGGAGAGAUUUGACAUUUCUACACUAGCGACAAGACUUAGUUAUGUUUUUUUUUUAAAAAUACAUAUAUAUUAUAUAUAUUAUAUAUUAUAUAUAUUUAUAUAUAUAAUAUAUGUAUAUAUAAAAAUUCUUAUUAAAUGGAACCUCAUUUAUUUUGCCCUCAGAUGUGCAGUUUGACCAGUUGAGUGGAUGGGCAUUAGGAAAAAAAAGAUAAAAGUGAAACUUGAUGCAUGUUUUAUUUAAAGUCAUUCAGCUACAAAUUAGACUGCACAGUGUGUUAUUUGAAAUAGAGGGUGUGUACAUGUGCCAUUAAAUUAGUUGGAUUUUUUUUUUUUUUUUUUUUUUAAAUGCAUUUAAGUUAUCCGAUUACUUACCUGGUUUAAAUAACUUCUGAGAGGUGCAGAUUAAUGAGGUUCUGUGGUCUACAUUUCAUUUAUUGCCAAUGACAUUUAGAUUUAGAUAAUAUUAGUACUUUUAUAGUUCUGAUCAUAUGUCCUGAACCAUUUGAACUGUGUUUCUUCAUGUACAGUAUACUGUGUGCCUUUUUAUGAGUAAAGUCUGCAUGUCUGCUG